UCUCGUCGCCAGAGGCAGACGUGUAGUACCAGAUUGGUGACCUCUCCGUGCUGCAUCGUCACAAGCACCUACGGCUGGACGGCCAACAUGGAGAGGAUCAUGAAAGCCCAGGCCCUGAGAGACAACUCCACGAUGGGCUACGUGGCUGCGAAGAAGCACCUAGAGGUCAACCCCGACCACUCCAUCAUCGAGACCCUGAGGCAGAAGGCGGAGGCGGACAAGAACGACAAGUCCGUGAAGGACCUCAUCAUCCUGCUCUACGAGACCGCGCUGCUCUCCUCCGGCUUCAGUCUGGAGGACCCGCAGACACACGCCAACAGGAUCUACAGCAUGAUCAAGCUUGGCCUGGGCAUUGAUGAAGACGACCCCACUGCUGACGACACGGCCGCAGCUGUGACGGAGGAGAUGCCACCCCUGGAAGGCUACGACGACACCUCCCGCAUGGAGGAAGUGGACUAGCCUUGCGACCCUCGACCUGGGCACCCUCACUCCCUCUGAGAAUAUAUUUUCAAGGAUUUUUUUUCUUUAUUUUUGUUAACAUUUUAAAAAAAUCUGUAUGGCAUGACAACUAAUUAAGGGGAAGAUAAGAUUUCCUUCUACUUCUAAGUGAUACUGUGAUGUUAGGCACAAGCAGAGUAGUGAUGCUUGUACUCCCACGUGGCUUGUGACAGAUGAGGUGACGCUUGCUGUGAGGUGUGUGUAGCCCAUCGUCAGCGUCGUGGUCUGCAGUGUGUAGCUGUCAGCGAAUUCCUUAGGAGACCAGAUCUUGUCACUGAACUGGUCUGAGCUAUGCCUUGGUGUUAAGUGGCUUGAGUUCAUCUCCUAGGAUGUACUUGUUAGUGCCCCUGUAGUUUCCGACCCCGCAUGUGCUCAUCCUCUAGAAAUAGGCUAACCUGAACCAACUUGACAGAGGAACUCUCCACGAGGCUUGUUUUCCAAAGAAGUGUUGUUAAGGGGAACAAAAUUACAAACCUACCUGGGUCUGUUGUGACAUUGUUGGAAAGUCACCGAGGUUUGUGGGUGGACUGUAGUGCCCAAGUCGUUUUUUGCUUUAAAAGGUUGUGACAAAUACAGAUGCGUUGAAAAAAAAAAAAAAAACAGAA